AUGUUUCGUGCUACACCUGCACGACUCUUGCCAAGCGAUGGUUUCGAUCGCCAGGCCAAAGUUGGUUUCAAGCUGGAACUGGCCGACCGUUACCCUUCCGCAGGUGUUAGUUUCCUGUAUCGCGCCUUCGUCAUCUCCCCUACCCUCCAGUCGUUCGUCCGCUUUCCACUCCCCUCCCACCUUCGCAGGUCUCUCUCUCUCCCCCCGUCACCAUCUCUUUCUCCCCUCGCGCAUGCAUUCGUCGGCCCAUCGCUCACCGCGUCGUCUUUAGCUCCCGUCGCCUUAGCGCUCUCCCUCUCGUCGCAUGCGCGCUCUCCCUCCCGUCGCCUUAGCGCACACUCUACGCGCUCUCCAUUUCGUCGCCUUAGCGCUCUCCAUUUCGUCGCCUUCGUGCUCUCUCUCCCGUCGCCUUCGCGCUCUCCAUCCCGUCGCCCUUGCAAUCUCCCCUCCCAUCCGGUCGUUCCUCCCUCCCCUCGCCAUCGCGCUCACGUUCCUCCCCUCCCCUCGCCAUCGCGCUCACGUUCCUCCCCUCCCCUCUCCAUCGCGCUCACGUUCCUCCCCUCCCCUCGCCAUCGCGCUCACGUUCCUCCCCUCCCCUCGCCAUCGCGCUCACGUUCCUCCCCUCCCCUCGCCAUCGCGCUCACGUUCCUCCCCUCCCCUCGCCGUCGCGCUCACGUUCCUCCCUCCCCUCGCCAUCGCGCUCACGUUCCUCCCCUCCCCUCGCCAUCGCGCUCACGUUCUUCCCCUCCCCUCGCCAUCGCGCUCACGUUCCUCCCCUCCCCUCUCCAUCGCGCUCACGUUCCUCCCCUCCCCUCGCCAUCGCGCUCACGUUCCUCCCCUCCCCUCGCCAUCGCGCUCACGUUCCUCCCCUCCCCUCGCCAUCGCGCUCACGUUCCUCCCCUCCCCUCGCCGUCGCGCUCACGUUCCUCCCUCCCCUCGCCAUCGCGCUCACGUUCCUCCCCUCCCCUCUCCAUCGCGCUCACGUUCCUCCCCUCCCCUCGCCAUCGCGCUCACGUUCCUCCCCUCCCCUCGCCAUCGCGCUCACGUUCCUCCCCUCCCCUCGCCAUCGCGCUCACGUUCCUCCCCUCCCCUCGCCGUCGCGCUCACGUUCCUCCCUCCCCUCGCCAUCGCGCUCACGUUCCUCCCCUCCCCUCGCCAUCGCGCUCACGUUCCUCCCCUCCCCUCGCCAUCGCGCUCACGUUCCUCCCCUCCCCUCUCCAUCGCGCUCACGUUCCUCCCCUCCCCUCGCCAUCGCGCUCACGUUCCUCCCCUCCCCUCGCCAUCGCGCUCACGUUCCUCCCCUCCCCUCGCCAUCGCGCUCACGUUCCUCCCCUCCCCUCGCCGUCGCGCUCACGUUCCUCCCUCCCCUCGCCAUCGCGCUCACGUUCCUCCCCUCCCCUCGCCAUCGCGCUCACGUUCCUCCCUUCCCCUCGCCAUCGCGCUAUCGUUCCUCCCCUCCCCUCGCCAUCGCGCUCACGUUCCUCCCCUCCCCUCGCCAUCGCGCUCACGUUCCUCCCCUCCCCUCGCCAUCGCGCUCACGUUCCUCCCCUCCCCUCGCCAUCGCGCUCACGUUCCUCCCCUCCCCUCGCCGUCGCGCUCACGUUCCUCCCUCCCCUCGCCAUCGCGCUCACGUUCCUCCCCUCCCCUCGCCAUCGCGCUCACGUUCCUCCCCUCCCCUCGCCAUCGCGCUAUCGUUCCUCCCCUCCCCUCGCCAUCGCGCUCACGUUCCUCCCCUCCCCUCGCCAUCGCGCUCACGUUCCUCCCCUCCCCUCGCCAUCGCGCUCACGUUCCUCCCCUCCCCUCGCCAUCGCGCUCAAGUUCCUCCCUCCCCUCGCCAUCGCGCUCACGUUCCACCCCUCCCCUCGCCAUCGCGCUCACGUUCCUCCCCUCCCCUCGCCAUCGCGCUCACGUUCCUCCCCUCCCCUCGCCGUCGCGCUCACGUUCCUCCCUCCCCUCGCCAUCGCGCUCACGUUCCUCCCCUCCCCUCUCCAUCGCGCUCACGUUCCUCCCCUCCCCUCGCCAUCGCGCUCACGUUCCUCCCCUCCCCUCGCCAUCGCGCUCACGUUCCUCCCCUCCCCUCGCCAUCGCGCUCACGUUCCUCCCCUCCCCUCGCCGUCGCGCUCACGUUCCUCCCUCCCCUCGCCAUCGCGCUCACGUUCCUCCCCUCCCCUCGCCAUCGCGCUCACGUUCCUCCCCUCCCCUCGCCAUCGCGCUCACGUUCCUCCCCUCCCCUCUCCAUCGCGCUCACGUUCCUCCCCUCCCCUCGCCAUCGCGCUCACGUUCCUCCCCUCCCCUCGCCAUCGCGCUCACGUUCCUCCCCUCCCCUCGCCAUCGCGCUCACGUUCCUCCCCUCCCCUCGCCGUCGCGCUCACGUUCCUCCCUCCCCUCGCCAUCGCGCUCACGUUCCUCCCCUCCCCUCGCCAUCGCGCUCACGUUCCUCCCCUCCCCUCGCCAUCGCGCUAUCGUUCCUCCCCUCCCCUCGCCAUCGCGCUCACGUUCCUCCCCUCCCCUCGCCAUCGCGCUCACGUUCCUCCCCUCCCCUCGCCAUCGCGCUCACGUUCCUCCCCUCCCCUCGCCAUCGCGCUCAAGUUCCUCCCUCCCCUCGCCAUCGCGCUCACGUUCCACCCCUCCCCUCGCCAUCGCGCUCACGUUCCUCCCCUCCCCUCGCCAUCGCGCUCACGUUCCUCCCCUCCCCUCGCCGUCGCGCUCACGUUCCUCCCUCCCCUCGCCAUCGCGCUCACGUUCCUCCCCUCCCCUCUCCAUCGCGCUCACGUUCCUCCCCUCCCCUCGCCAUCGCGCUCACGUUCCUCCCCUCCCCUCGCCAUCGCGCUCACGUUCCUCCCCUCCCCUCGCCAUCGCGCUCACGUUCCUCCCCUCCCCUCGCCGUCGCGCUCACGUUCCUCCCUCCCCUCGCCAUCGCGCUCACGUUCCUCCCCUCCCCUCGCCAUCGCGCUCACGUUCCUCCCCUCCCCUCGCCAUCGCGCUCACGUUCCUCCCCUCCCCUCUCCAUCGCGCUCACGUUCCUCCCCUCCCCUCGCCAUCGCGCUCACGUUCCUCCCCUCCCCUCGCCAUCGCGCUCACGUUCCUCCCCUCCCCUCGCCAUCGCGCUCACGUUCCUCCCCUCCCCUCGCCGUCGCGCUCACGUUCCUCCCUCCCCUCGCCAUCGCGCUCACGUUCCUCCCCUCCCCUCGCCAUCGCGCUCACGUUCCUCCCCUCCCCUCGCCAUCGCGCUAUCGUUCCUCCCCUCCCCUCGCCAUCGCGCUCACGUUCCUCCCCUCCCCUCGCCAUCGCGCUCACGUUCCUCCCCUCCCCUCGCCAUCGCGCUCACGUUCCUCCCCUCCCCUCGCCAUCGCGCUCACGUUCCUCCCCUCCCCUCGCCAUCGCGCUCACGUUCCCCCCCUCCCCUCGCCAUCGCGCUCACGUUCCUCCCCUCCCCUCGCCAUCGCGCUCAAGUUCCUCCCUCCCCUCGCCAUCGCGCUCACGUUCCACCUCUCCCCUCCCAUCCCGUCGUUCGCCUCCUCUUCCCUCCCAUCCCGUCGUUCGCCUCCUCUCCCCUCCCAUCCCGUCGUUCGCCUCCUCUCCCCUCGCAUCCCGUCGUUCGCCUCCUCUCCCCUCCCAUCCCGUCGUUCGCCUCCUCUCCCCUCCCAUCCCGUCGUUCGCCUCCUCUCCCCUCCCAUCCCGUCGUUCGCCUCCUCUCCCCUCCCAUCCCGUCGUUCGCCUCCUCUCCCCUCCCAUCCCGUCGUUCGCCUCCUCUCCCCUCCCAUCCUGUCGUUCGCCUCCUCUCCCCUCCCAUCCCGUCGUUCGCCUCCUCUCUCCUCUUUCUUCUCGUCGCUCCUCCGCUCUCCCCUCGCUGGCCGUUGUUCCUCUAUCCGUUGGUGA